UUUAAUUUUUCUUCUCUUUUUUCCUUAUCUUUUUCCUUAUCUUCUCUUUCCUAUAUUCCUACUGCUACAUUCAUCCUAUUCCUAACUUUUUUGAUUCUUCUUCUCCUACUUACUGCUUGUUUUUUAUAACAUAUUGGAGGUGAUUGCUGGGUAUUCCCCCACCCCCCCUUGCUGUGACUCCUCUCCCCCCUGGACAUGUCGGGGUUACGAAACCCCCCUUCCCGUCCUGCACGCAGCGCUGGCCUCCCCGCCCGGCUGUUAGAUUCCCCUGAUGUUCCGCCGGGUCGGGGAAGCCCUGCUGCUGCGGAUGCUGUAUCUGUGAGGGAGACCAGGGCUGUGCGCGGCCGAGCUCGGCCGCCCGCCCGCGCUCCCCCACGUGUGUCCUCCCCGUCUCCUUCCCCGCUGCGAUCAGCGGCUGGCGACGGAGCUGCUGGGGCUGCCAUGGAGACCAGGGCUGUGCGCGGCCGAGCUCGGCCGCCCGCCCGCGCUCCCCCACGUGCUUCCUCCCCGUCUCCUUCCCCGCUGCAAUCAGCGGCGGGGGACGGAGCGCCGGGGAGCAGGAGAAGCCUCAGGCGGCCUGCCAGGGACGGUGUUUUACCGUCCCUGGCCCCGCCGCUUCUUACAGCGGGUGGCCGCGCGGGUCACGUGGGGCGGGGGCGGAGCUCCCGCCCGGCGGCCCGGAGCUCCCGCCCGGCGGCCCGGCGGCUCUCCCCACUUCCCAACACGGCUGCCUCAGUUAAUGGGCGGGUGGGGGGUCGCGCGGCAGAUGGAUUACUGCCUGCGCGUGCGGACAACAUGGCGCACAGCAGGGGGGCCCACAUGAGGCAUACCCCCUCUGUGCCACUACCCCCCCCACCCGUGCGGUCAGCGCCCUCCCGCGUUGGGGUGGGGCGUCGCCCCCGCUCUGCGCCAGCGGGGGGGGCAUUAUCCAUUACAGAUAGUGCGGGGCCGGUCGUACGGGGGCGGCCCGCGCCCGCCCGCGGUGUGCCUGCCCGUCCGACCUCCCCUUUCGCGGUGGGGCCCGGGGCGUCGGGCCCAUCCAGGACGCCCGCCUUGGCAAGUGGCUCGGCCGCCGCCCGCGGCCGCGCGCCUCCUGGCAGACAGCGGGCGGGGUCGCGCCUGCCAGCUAAUCACCCCACUAGGGGGCGGCGUGCGCAGGCGGAUCACGACCCAGCACCCACUCCCCGCAUCCAUUUUUCAACUGCCGACGCUUCCGCGGUCAGCUCUCAGUCCGACGUCGGACUCCUCCCUUCUAGUGGCGACGACUCUCCUGUGGCCGACGCUCGGGUCGGUAGACAGUCGAGGGGUCGGCAGUCUAUACGCGGUCUGGCGCAGCCAGACGGUGGUGCCAUGAUUCCCGACAGUGAGGGAUCCUCCGGAUCCUUGCUCCCGACGGGAGGUUUGCGUACCGCACGUCGGGCGCAUGACGCGCGGAGGAGGUCCGUCCUUACUUCACCUGCCCCUGCGACUGCACCCUUGGUGGACGCCUCCGUCUUGUCCGCCAUUUGUGCCGCUGUAGUGUCAGCGGUGGCUCCCUUGUUAUCCUCCGUACCCGGGGGACUGGGGCGGCCCACCGCUUCCUUGGCGGAUAGCAUUGCGCAAUCCCUUAUUCCACUUCUGUCUACUGGGGCAACUACCCCCCCUUUUGCCCCGCUCCCGGUGGCUGCGGGACCGGAGGCGGUGCAGGGGAACAAUGUCUCUUUUGUCUCCCCAGCCACGGUAGUCGGAUCGGCAAUGGAAUCCGCCGGUGUAUCCACGAGUCGUUCGGUGGCCGGAGGCGCGGACGGCGUGCCCUCUCGAGCAGGUCAUCCACCCGGAAUGGAGGCGUUAGCCCACAGGUCAUUGGCCCCUGCAACUUUUGCGGCCUAUCGGGCCGCCUGGGAGCGGUGGUGUCGCUUCAUCCGGGAGAGAGGCCAGUGUGGUAAGACCUCUCAUGAUUUACUUUUAGAUUACAUCUGGGUUCUGUACUCCGACGGUAUUUCGCGGGCGUCUGUUAACAGGGUUCUGGCAGGUAUCUCUUACUUUCUGCAGCUGCGGGGGGAAGCGGAUUUUACGAAGUCCUUUUUCCUCCGGCGGGUGUUGAAAGGUUGGGCUCGGGCCACCCCGCCCCUCCCGGAUACCCGCCAGCCGAUCACCGGUGCUUUGCUGAGGCGGAUUUUGGGAUCCCUACCGAGCAUUUGCUUUUCGGGAUACGAGGUUCGCCUCUUCCGGGCGGCCUUUACUAUGGCCUUCCACGGUGCGUUCAGGGUGGGUGAGCUGGUGUCCGUCUCUCGGGCUUCGGUCUCGCCCAUGCUGGAGGCCCACGUCGUCAUCCGCCCCGACGGUUUAUGGUGCAAAAUUCAGCGAUCCAAGACUGACGUAGCCGGCAGGGGGCAGUGGGUUCGAAUGGGUCCGGCUCGUGCGCGGGGCAUUUGUCCAGUUUCCGCGGCCCGGGCAUAUUCGUCCAUACGGCCUCCAACGCCCACCGGGUGGCUCGUCCACUGCGACGGCGCCCCGUUGACCAGAUAUCAAUUCCGGUCGGUUUUGGGGCGUUGUAUUUUGUACCUGGGUCUAUCUCCGGCCGACUAUGGGACUCACUCUUUCCGCAUCGGCGCUGCUUCAGCUGCCGCUGCGGCGGGUUGGUCCGAGGUCGAAGUCCGGGCACUGGGUAGGUGGAGGUCUGGUGCAGUCAGACGCUAUAUCAGGCCUUUUCCUCCCAGUGCGCCCCUUUGAGGACUAGCCGCUCGUCGCAGUUGCACUUGGUGAUUGCGGGGGCCUUGAGGAAUUUUUGUUUUAUCGUUGGUUUUAAUUUCGGCUUUUGCCGGCUAGCGAAGUUUCGUUUUUGCCUCAAGUCAAAUUGGGCGGCCCCCCCCCCCCCCCACACUCCCCCCCCGUUAGGGCUGCAGUCAGGUUUCUCAUUUACAUACCUUAUGUAUAUCAUUCCUAACCUUAGCACACCUUAUUUUGCAGGGCGGCGGUUAGAUCCGCACUUUCUAUGGUUUGUCGGCCAUUCCUACAUCUACUGGCUGUCCGUGUCGGCUCUGGCUUGCGACACCGCCCGGUUUCCGGAGCUGCAGGCUGUGCGCUGGUUGGGGCGUAGAGGCCUCCGCUGGGAUGGCCUGCGGGACUGGCUUCGGGCGGCAGUUGGCCGAUUUGGGUACCUUUGGUCUUGCACCUGGGGGGCAAUGAUCUGGUACGCCGCUCUGGGCUCGACAUUCGCCUCGAAAUCAGGUGCCAGCUACUGGAACUCAUGGCUGACUGGCCGUUUUGCCUCAUCCUCUGGUCGGACAUCGUUCCUCGGCGGUCUUGGCGCGGAGCCUUUAACCCCGGGGCGAUUGACCUGGUUCGGAGGAGGGUCAAUUCGGUCGUUGGUCGUGCUGUCCUCCAGCAUGGCGGGCUGGUUGUGCCGCACGGUGGCAUUUCCUACCGUGACCCGACACAAUACCGGUCUGACGGGGUGCAUUUGUCCCCGGCUGGCAUGCUUAUCUUCCUGGAGGACAUUAUUUACAUUCUUAGGUCCCUAUAGAUAGCUCUUUUCUGUUCAUAGUUCAUUAAGUCUCUCUAGUUAGUUUUUCUGUUUUUGUUGUGUGGGUUUUUAGUUCGGUGGCGGUGGCAGGUUUGUAACCUGGCAGUUGGCCGGUUUUCAGAACGGUUACUUAAGUUUAAUGAUGAGUUCACAGUUAGUCAGUUUGGGUGUAUUUAUAGGUAAUUUAUAUCUUUUAGAAUUAGUUUACGGGCAUCAUUUUCACAAGUGGGCCCAUAUAAUUAGUAUAAAACAUAUGUGGAUGUCGGGGCCGGUGGCCCAACUUUUAUCCCGUAGGGGCGGAGCGUACCUCCGUCCCUGCAACCGUUGGGGGACAGGGGUAGUGGCAGAAGGUCGACCCCUGUCCUUGGAUUUUUGAUUCUCGAUGUCUGGGAUGGAGGCAGCAGGCCGAUCCCGGAACAUCUGGGGCAGGAGGCUCCCUAACACAUAUGUUUUUUACUGCUUGUUUUUUAUAAUGUUUAUCACCCAUGUUACAUUUAUUAUGUUUAACCGUUCUUCUCCUCGCCACCUUUAGUUAGAGAGGGAAGUCUGCAUUUUAGUUUUAGUAUUUAAUAGGCCUCCCUCUCAGUCAGAAAAUAAAAGCUGACCCCUUUCACGCCAACUACAGUUGUGGUGUCUUUAUUUCAUAAGAUAAGUGUGCUUGAGUGGCGCGUGGAAGCAUCUGACGUGUGAGGUUUAAGACUGCGUAAGGAAUAUAAUAUGAUAGCAGCAGCAUAAACACGCCGUCUGUGCUUGCAGAGCGCUGCUUGGUGCAUCACUUUGGCCUGCAAGGGGUUAAGGUUUUUUGUAGUGGGAGGAACGUUGAGUGAGGAACUGGUAGGCCAUUGGCCGGAUUGUGGAAAGGGGCUGUACAGCCUGGAUAUAGGUGGCUAACCCACCAUUUCCUGCCUCUUUCAGUGUCUUCACGCAGCCCGCCCUCCCGCCCCCAAAAAAACCGGAACAGAGUUGGUUUUGGUUUUACUAUGGGGUUCUUUGUGUCGGCUUUCGGUGGCCGGUUUUCAGAACGGUUACUUAAGUUUAAUGAUGAGUUCACAGUUAGUCAGUUUGGGUGUAUUUAUAGGUAAUUUAUAUCUUUUAGAAUUAGUUUACGGGCAUCAUUUUCACAAGUGGGCCCAUAUAAUUAGUAUAAAACAUAUGUGGAUGUCGGGGCCGGUGGCCCAACUUUUAUCCCGUAGGGGCGGAGCGUACCUCCGUCCCUGCAACCGUUGGGGGACAGGGGUAGUGGCAGAAGGUCGACCCCUGUCCUUGGAUUUUUGAUUCUCGAUGUCUGGGAUGGAGGCAGCAGGCCGAUCCCGGAACAUCUGGGGCAGGAGGCUCCCUAACACAUAUGUUUUUUACUGCUUGUUUUUUAUAAUGUUUAUCACCCAUGUUACAUUUAUUAUGUUUAACCGUUCUUCUCCUCGCCACCUUUAGUUAGAGAGGGAAGUCUGCAUUUUAGUUUUAGUAUUUAAUAGGCCUCCCUCUCAGUCAGAAAAUAAAAGCUGACCCCUUUCACGCCAA